UCCAAGGGCAAUCUCUUCAUCUAUUAAAAUAUGAAUGGUUCGUUUUUUUUAAAUUUCAUCAAGUGAUGUUUGAUAUAAAAUUCCACCUACUGGUGUCCGUUGGAGCUACACAACGUUUGAUAAAACAUUUCGAAGAUAACGUGGGGGCACUUAACACCAGUGACAGUGGCGAUUGUGGAUUUAUUAGCUAUCUUUGGUUUUAUAAUAAAGGAGUCUGCCGAAUCAUGCAGUUCAAACGAAGUUGAUAUUUAGCCCACGCGAAUAAUUUGAUAAUUGUAGUGGGCAGAAUGGACAAAAGUACAAAAUAUCACAAUCCAAGCCCUCGAAUCAGAGCCAACGCCUUCGAAAAAUUAUUUUUUUGGUGGCUGAAGCCUCUAUUCAUUUAUGGGAAGAAAAACGACCUGGAGAGCAAAAAUUUAUACAAUACUCUGUCAUCAGACCUAAGUGAACCCCUUGGGGAUAUUUUGGAGGACAAUUGGAAGAAGGAGAUUAUCGGAGCACGUCAUGCAGGUAGGAAACCAAAAUUCUUGAAGGCAAUCAGAAAAACUUUCAUGUGGUCGUACAUGUAUUACGGUGGUCUGUUAUUUUGUAAUUCAAUAUUGAGUGUUUUACAGCCUUAUGUCCUCGGUCUUCUGAUCAGCUACUUCGCUCAUGGCUCAACAAUCACAACAGAAGAGGCGUAUACGUACGCAUCACUCCUCGUAAUAAUGUCAGCCGUUAUAGCUUUGAUUGAUCAUCAUUCAAGCAUGGGCCAAUUAGAGAUGGGAAUGCGAUUACGAAUCGCGAGCUCUUCAUUAGUUUAUCGGAAGAUCCUGAAGUUGUCCAAGGGAUCAGCAAACAAAACCGCUGGGGGGCAGAUAAUUAACUUGUUAUCUAAUGAUGUGGCGAGGUUCGAUCAGGUAUUUGCAAUGCUACACUGUUUGUGGAUAAUUCCAAUACAGAGUAUAGCAAUAGCGUAUUUAAUUUGGAAAAGUGUGGAAAUAGCUACACUGGCUGGAAUUUUCCUCCUUGUGAUUCAAACAGUACCCGUCCAAGCCUAUUUGAGUAGAUUGACUGCUAAACUGCGAGCUAAAGUGGCGGUUCGUACUGAUGAACGUGUGCGACUGAUGAGUGAAAUAAUAACUGCGGUUCAGGUGAUUAAAAUGUACACGUGGGAGAAACCAUUCCUACGGUUAGUCUCAUUAGCUAGGAAACAUGAAAUCGAUGUUCUCACUGUGAUGGCAUACUGGAGAGGAGCCUUACGAGCAUCGAUUGUCUUCACUGAACGCACAACAUUAUUUUUCACUGUGAUGGCGUAUGUGCUUUUAGGAAAUACCAUAUCAGCUGCAAAGGUAUUCUCUAUGGCCCAGUAUUUUAAUCAUCUGCAGGCUGGAGUAGUGUAUUACGUCCCGAUGGCUCUGAUAAAUGCAUCAGAAUCAACAGUCACGAUAAAACGACUGGAAGAUUUUCUGCUGCUCGAUGACAAUAAACCACUGGCUGUGGAGCAAACACCAGCUGGCGCGGCUUCAAUAAAAAUUGAACAGGCUACUGCGUCUUGGGAUCAUGCUUCAAUAACCAGGACAUUGAAUAAUAUAAAUACAACGAUAAAAUCGGGCAUGCUGACUGCAGUGGUGGGUCGAGUUGGCGCAGGGAAGAGUUCUCUGUUGCAAUUGAUUCUUGGAGAGUUGGAUUCAACUGCGGGGCAGGUGACAGUCGGUGGAUCCGUGUCAUAUGCUAGCCAGGAGCCUUGGUUAUUUGGAGGAAGUGUGAGGAAUAAUAUACUCUUUGGACAGCCAUAUGAUGAGUCGAGAUAUCGUGAGGUAGUGCGGGCUUGUGCAUUAACCAGAGAUUUCAUACAACUUCCGCAAGGGGAUAAAACGCUAGUGGGUGAGCGUGGCACGUCACUCAGCGGUGGACAACGUGCAAGAGUUAAUCUCGCUCGAGCAGUUUAUCGCAAGGCUGAUAUUUAUCUUUUUGAUGAUCCCUUGUCAGCUGUGGACGCACAUGUUGGACGAAGUUUAUUUGAAGAGUGUUUUAUGAAGUAUUUAGCUGAUAAAACGAGGGUUCUCGUCACUCAUCACGUUCAGUACCUCAAGGAUGUUGAUUUCAUUGUCAUGUUAAAUCAUGGAAUUAUUGGGAAGCAGGGUAGCUUUAAAGAAUUCGGACACGAUGACUUCGCACUGUUGAAUAUUGAUGCUGAGACUACGGAUGAAGAAAAAAAGGAAGAGAAUGGAGUGGCGGAUUUGAAAGUGCCUCUAAUCUCCCAAGUCUCUUAUUUUUCUGAAGUUGAUAAAGAGAAAGACGAGGAAGACGAGGAACCUGAUGAGACGGAAGAGCUCAUGGCCAAAGGAAAAAUUUCAAGGGCACUAUUUUGGAAAUACUUCAAGUCCUCCGACAGUUAUUUUCUCCUUUUUAUGUUUCUCGUGCUCUUGAUAUUGGGACAGUUGGGAAGUAGUGGCUCAGAUUUUUGGGUUGCUUUCUGGACAAAUCAAGUGGAAUUGCAACAUACUGGAAUCUUGCAGAAUUAUUCCUUAACCGACGAGACUCUUGAUAGUGCUAAUCGUGAUAAACUCGAAAAUGCUGGAAUUGUUUUUAUAAAUUCAACUGCUCCCGAAUCGAGUGGCGCUCAUUACCAUAAUAAUAUGGCAUUGUGGAUCUAUGGAAUAUUAAUAGCGACAUGCACCAUUUGUACAACAGUUAGGAAUUUAAUUUUCUUCAGAAUUUGCAUGCAUGCAGGCAAAAAUAUUCAUAAUCUCAUGCUGGGAUGCUUGCUGCAAGCACCAAUGAAGUUUUUUGACAGUAAUCCUUCAGGACGUAUAGUCAACCGAUUUUCCAAGGAUAUUGGAUGCGUGGAUGAACUUCUCCCCAAUGCCCUCAUAGAUUCCAUUCAAGUAUUUGCAGUGAUGGUAGGAAUAUUAUCUCAAGUGGUUAUUAUUAACUGGUGGACUAUAUUUCCGAUGGGUGUGAUGGGCUACUUCUAUUUGAAAAUAAGAUCAUUGUUCUUGGCCACGGCGCAGGACCUGAAACGACUGGAAGGAAUCACAAAGAGUCCAGUGUUCUCCCAUGUCAAUGCAUCUCUGGCUGGAUUGGCGACCAUUCGAUCAGCUGGGGGCCAGGAAAUGUUGCGGAAGGAGUUUGAUAGCCACCAGGAUGUUCACACCAGUGCCAACUCGUUAUUGAUUUCAUCUAGUGCGGCCUUUGGGCUUUGGCUAGAUAUAGUGACUAUCGUUUUUGUUGCUUUCGUUACUUACAGUUUCAUCAUUCUGAAAAAUGAUACAACAUCCGCUGGAGAUGUUGGCCUGGCUAUAUCGCAAAUUUUGAUUCUGUGUGGUAUGCUUCAAUACGGAAUGCGCCAGACUGCAGAAAUGGUAGCUCAAAUGACGUCAGUGGAGCGUGUACUACAAUUCACUGAGUUGGAUAAGGAGGGGCCUUUCGACAGCCAAGUUAAUGCAAAGCCACCAGAGAAAUGGCCGUGUGAAGGGCGAAUUGAAUUCGAUCACGUUUAUUUCAGAUAUUCGGAUGAAGAAGGUCCUAUCCUGAAGGACUUAAAUAUUAUUAUCGAACCUGGCAUGAAGGUGGGAGUAGUGGGACGUACUGGAGCUGGUAAAUCUUCCCUCAUCGCCGCACUUUUUAAUUUAGCGAAACUUGAAGGAGCCAUUUACAUCGAUGCAAUUGAUACAAAGAAAAUUGGCUUGCAUGAUUUAAGAAAGAAAAUUUCCAUAAUACCGCAGGAACCAAUGUUGUUUUCAGCGACACUCCGUGAUAAUUUGGAUCCCUUCCAUCAAUUCAAGGAUGAUCAACUCUGGGCUGCCCUGGAAGAUGUGGAGCUGAAAGGUUACAGUGAGUCUCUGGAUUAUUUAGUCACUCACGGGGGCGCCAAUUUCAGCGCUGGCCAGCGACAACUGCUCUGUCUGGCCCGAGCUAUCGUCAGGAAUAAUAAAAUAAUCGUAUUGGAUGAGGCAACUGCUAAUGUUGAUCCAGCGACUGAUGCCCUUAUACAGCGAACAAUUCGCGAUAAAUUCAAUGACUGCACAGUUCUGACGAUAGCCCAUAGACUCAAUACCGUUAUGGAUAGCGACAGAAUACUCGUGAUGGAUGAAGGUCAAGUUGUAGAAUACGAUUGUGCUCAUAAACUCUUACAGAAAGAAGACAGUUACUUGAAGAGUAUGGCUAAUGAAACUGGCAUAAUCAUGGCUGAGCGAUUGAGAACAAUUGCCAAAGAGGCGUAUCGAAAGAGUCAAGCAAAAUAAUUUGAAAUUUCUUUUUCAAUCGUUCAAGUUCGAUUAUAACAUUUAAAUGAAAGAAUGUACUGAAUAAUAAAUACAAAAGAAAAAAUAAACAGCUUUCCUGCUUGGAAUG